AUGGCAACGGCGGCGGCGCGGAAGGGGGAGGAGACGAGGGCGAUCCGGGUGCGGGCGCUGGACGGUCGGUCGACGACGGUGCGGCUCGCCGCGUCCUGCUCCGUCGACGACCUCAAGGCCGCCCUCCGCGCCUCCUCCUUCUUCUUCCUCCCCUCCGGGGACAGCAGCAGCUUCCACCUCUUCCUCAAGGGCGCCAAGCUCCUCCCCUCCGCCAUGAUUUCCCACCUCCCCCCGCUCGGCCCCGCCGACUUCGUCUCCCUUGUCCCCUGCUCUACAAGGAGUACCAGUAACAAGAAUAAUCCCUCUUCUAAUCCGCCGCCGCCAUUAAUCCCGUCCAACCGCCGCCGGGGCCGCCCCGCUGGUCCUAAUUCCUCGCCGUGGGCUGCCUUCGCCGCCGCUGGUGGCAAGAGAAGGAAGCAAUUUCACCACCACCCUUUCCACGCCGGCGCCGGAGACGAAGACGACAUAUACUCCCCGAAGAACAUCUCCAGGAAUAUAAAUACAAUCUCGUCGUGGAGCCAUUGCCGCAGCACGGAGAAGCUGGACCCGGCGGAGAUGGUCUCCCACCUGCGUUCCGGCCUGGGGAGCGCCGGCCAGAUGGUCCACGUCGAGGAGAUCCCAGGCCGGCCCGCCGUCUACAGCUCCGGCAGCCAGCUCCCGGCGCAGCUCUCCGACGCCACUAAGGCCGCCCUCCGCCGCAUCGGGGUCACCGGCCUCUACGCGCACCAAGCCCUCGCCCAGGACCAGCUCAAGACGUUCCUCCAGAUGAUGACCGGCGGCGAGCUGGGCUUGGGCCCCGACGCCGUGGCGAUCUACGACGGCGACACGCCGGUGGAGGAGCGGGCGAGGAUCAGGGUGAAGGCCAGGGUGCUGGUGACCAACCCGGACAUGCUCCACGUGUCCAUCCUCCCCUGCCACGCCCACUUCCGGCGCUUCCUCUCUGGCCUCCGCCACGUCGUCGUCGACGAGGCGCACGCCUACCGCGGCGCCUUCGGCUGCCACGUCUCCCUCGUGCUCCGCCGCCUCCGCCGCCUCUGCGCCCACCUGUACGGCGGAUCGCCGCCCACGUUCGUGUUCUGCACCGCCACGCUGGCCAACCCGCGGGAGCACGCCAUGGCUCUGGCCGGGCUCGAGGAAGGCGAGAUCGAGCUCGUCGACGCCGACGCCAGCCCCCGCGCCGCCAAGCGCUUCGUGCUCUGGAACUCGGCCAGGUCAUCUUCUUCGUCUCCGGUGACCGACGUGGCUCGACUGUUGGCGGAGAUGGUGCAGCACGGGCUCCGGUGCAUCGCCUUCUGCAAGACCCGGAAGCUCUGCGAGCAGGUGCUGGCCCAGGCCCGUGGCCUUCUAGAGGAGGCCUCUCCGGCAUCGCCGGAGCUGGCGAGCUCCGUCGCCGUCUACCGCGGCGGGUACGUCGCCGCCGACCGGCGCCGGAUCGAGGAGGGCCUCUUCUCCGGGAAGCUCCUCGGCGUGGCGGCCACGAACGCGCUGGAGCUGGGCAUCGACGUGGGCCACAUUGAUGCUACGCUGCACCUUGGUUUCCCGGGGAGCAUGGCCAGCCUGUGGCAGCAGGCGGGGAGGGCCGGCCGGCGAGCCGCCAGGGAGUCCGUGGCCGUCUAUGUGGCCUUCGACUGCGCGCUCGACCAGUACUUCAUGAACUUCCCCCAAAAACUCUUCGGGAAACCAAUCGAGCACUGCCACGUGGACGCCCGGAACCCCAAGGUGCUCCGGCAGCACCUUGCGUGUGCCGCUGCCGAGAGCCUGCUUCGGCCGGACCUCGACAAGCGCUACUUCGGCGCCGCCGCCUUGGACGCCGCCAUGACCGUCUUGCGAGACAGAGGUCACCUUGCCAUGACCAACAACAACAACUCGUCACCGGCAAUGUGGCGGUACUCCGGGCCGGUGGGUAGGAGGCCGGCGUCGGCGGUGAGCAUCCGGGCCGUGGAGCACGACAAGUUCACGGUGAUGCAGACAGUGGGGCGGCGCGUCAUGGAGGAGAUCGAGGAGAGCAAGGCCUUCUUCCAGGUGUACGAUGGCGCCGUGUACAUGCACCAAGGGGACACCUACUUGGUGGAGAGGCUCGAUCUCACGUCCAAGACGGCAUACUGCCGGACAGCCUACGGUCUGAGCUACCACACCAAGCCCGAGGACUACACCGACAUCGUCAUCGCCGCCACUGGAGACGACGACGACGACGAUGAUCAUGCUUGUUCGACAAGAGGUGUUCGUGCAGACACGUGCACGGUGACGACGAGAUGGGUCGGGUACCGUCGGAUCUACAAAUCGACGAACCAAGUGUCUGAGGUCAUCCCGCUCGACCUGCCGUCCUUCUCCUUCGACACCCAAGCCGUCUGGGCGCCGAUCCCCGAGACGGUCAAGGCAGCCGUGGAGCAAAGAAGCAAUAAUCCACGGUUCCGUACCGGGGUGCACGGCGCGUCGCACGCCAUACUCGGCAUCCUACCCCUCCACAUGAUGUGCAGCUCCUCCGAUCUCGGCACCGAGUGCGGGUGCACCGCCGACACUCGUCAGGAGGAGACGCGCGGUGGUGACGCCGUCAGCACUGACAGGAUCCUGCUCUAUGACAAGCACCCCGGCGGCAUCGGGCUGGCGGCGCAGGCCAGGGCGCUCUUCGGCGACCUCCUGGCCGCUGCCCUGGAGCUCGUCUGGGCGUGCGGGUGCGGCAACUUGGAUGGCUGCCCGAACUGCGUCCAGUCCUUCGCGUGCCGCGAGCACAAUAAGGAUCUGGAUAAGGAGGCUGCUGUUUUGGUCCUCAAAGGGUUGAUUCAGUGGUAUUCUGAAUCCUAGUUUGUAGCUAGUGCUAAUUGAGAUGACUAUUGUGGAAUUCAAACCAGAGUCUGAAUGAAGAACUACUUAGUUAUCAUGUAGACAGCAAGUUGCAACCAAUAAAAUUAAUUUUGCGUAUCCUGUUCUGUUUUGAUUGAUCAACAAAUCAUUU